AUUUCUCUAGCUCUUUCCUCUCCCCCUCUUCUCUUCCACUUUCCAUUUCCCUCUUUCUCUCUCCACGUUUCUGCGUAGAAAUCGCCAUGAUUUCCUCCACCAAUUUCCAUCCAUCAACUGCCGCCGCCGGCCCUCGACUUUCUUCCUUCUUCCACCGGCGCCACUCAGCGGCCUUCAUUUCUCCCGCCUCACCAUUUCAGUUUCUCUUUUGCGGCGCCGCCAUUCGUCGCCGCCUCCGUAGUCUAACUGUUCGAUCUAUAGACGCUGCUCAACCAUACGACUACGAGUCAAUGAUCUCCAACCAGUUUCAAAAGUCAAUCAAGCUCAAGGUCGCCAUUGUAGGUUUCGGAAACUUUGGUCAGUUUCUCGCUAAAGCCAUUGUACGUCAAGGACAUACGGUGCUGGCUUACUCUCGAUCCGAUUACACCGAAGCUGCGGCCAGACUUGGCGUUACUUUUUUCAACGACGCUGAUGAUCUUUGCGAGGAACAUCCUGAGGUAAUUCUUCUCUGCACAUCGAUUUUAUCAACUGAGGCAGUUCUUAGAUCCUUGCCUCUUCAGAGAUUGAAGAGAAGUACAUUGUUUGUGGAUGUAUUGUCUGUGAAAGAAUUUCCUAGGAAUUUGUUUAUGCAAAUUCUUCCUACAGAUUUCGAUAUAUUAUGUACUCAUCCAAUGUUUGGACCUGAAAGUGGAAAAAAUGGCUGGACUGAUCUGACAUUUGUGUAUGAUAAAGUAAGGAUUGGAGAUGAAGAGCUAAAAACCCUAAGAGCUGAGAGGUUUUUGAACAUUUUUGCUGAGGAAGGAUGUAGGAUGGUUGAAAUGUCAUGUGCAGAGCAUGACAGACAUGCUGCUGGAUCACAAUUCAUAACUCAUACAACUGGAAGGAUUCUGGAGAAGCUAAUGUUAACUUCGACUCCAAUUAACACUAAAGGGUAUGAGACAUUGUUGAAUUUGGUGGAGAAUACAGCAGGUGAUAGCUUUGAUUUGUACUACGGAUUGUUCAUGUACAACAACAAUGCAAUGGAGCAGCUUGAACGGUUAGACUUGGCUUUCGAGUCUCUGAAGAAAGAAUUGUUUGGGCAUUUACAUGGUGUUCUAAGAAAACAAUUGUUUGGGAAAUCAGAAAGUUUGGAGGGUGAGAGACUCAAGUUAUCAAAGCUUCCACAGAACAAUCAUACAGCUUUACUACCUUCAGAGAUGGUUAGGGGUGUGGAUAAUAAGUAAAAAUCUGGAUUCCUGGUAAGUAUGCAAAUCCCUUUUGUUGUUUACAGAUAUAUUCUAUUUUCUUUUGUCUGGUUUUGUUUGUUAAAGUUUAGCCCUUAAACUAAAGAAAGAAUACCAAAAUGUUUAAUGUUUCAUCUCAAUCAUUUCUUAAUCAACCAAAUUUGUUUUGCCUG